AUGCCACCACGGAUACCCUCCUCGGCAGCAUCCCUCACCUUGCCCUCGACACCUACAAUCCAGACACACUGCAAAUCUUGCUUUCAGCGAUCCUUCUCCUCCACUCCAGCCCUUUCGCAAACCAAACUCCGAGAGCAGUUCUGGGCCUGGCUGAACGGGCCCGGUGAAAACUUUCGAUAUCCCUUGCCAACUUCGACGAACUACCUCUCCGCGUACGACAGGAGAGGUAAUCUCCUUCGCGGUAAAGGUCAAGAACAAAAUGUCCAAGGGGAGUCUUCAAAAGAGACAUCGCCGGACGAUCCCAUGACCGCAGACGAAGAAGCUCUCGAAGCCGCCGCGACGGAGACAGAGCAGGCGUACACUCUGCCCAAGGAGUCGUUAGAUGACCUCCGACCAUUUCCUCUCAACAAGAAUUUUGUGAGUGAGAGUAUCCUGUCGGAGGAGCUACGGCACGAAAUAUGGGAGAGGGUACAGCAACAGGGGAAGUCUGUCAGGCAAGUGAGCAUGGAGAUGGGAGUCGACAUGAGGAGGGUCGCAGCUGUGGUGAGGUUGACCGAGGUCGAGAGGAGGAUGAAGGCGGAGGGAAAGCCACUCGCCAUUCCCUAUGCCCGCGCCGUCCAUGGCAUGGUUCCCCUGACGACCCUCAACCCACACACCCGCCUCCCUUCUGAACCGCACGAAUCGAUAAACGACCUCGAGCAACAUCCCCUCACUUUCCCGCAGCUCUUCUACCCAACAUCAGAAUCCCGCGCCUUCAAUCGGACAGACGCCGGGCGCGUCUUCUCCGGCGCACCACGCCUCCACGAAGACCAGGAAACGGCGAUCGCCAAGGGCACACACGAGGCGUGGCGGGACAACAGGGCUGAGAUCAUCGGGCGAUUAGGCAGUACCAGGCCGGUCUUGAAACCGGCUGAUUCGAGAAUCCCCCAUCCUCACCUCAUCGCGUUUGAGAAAGAUAAGUUAGACCGCAGUCUCACGCCUCUCGAACGCCGGGCCCGCCAUAGGGAGAGGCUACAACGAGACGAAGAGAAGAGACAAGCCUUGAAGACGCGCCAGCGGGAGGAAGAAGAAGCCAAGAAAACGCGGGUUGACGUGGGAAGAUGGCAACUCGUGGUCACCGAGGUGCAGAGCACGAGGCAAGGCGUGGGUAUUGAUGGACGGGGAAGUGGCAAGGGGGCCGUCGGGCACAGGUAUGGCGUUCCUAGUCAAGAGAGGAAGAAAGGGAGGGUCAAGAUACCUACGAAGGUAGAGGUCUAG